AGGACUGAACCCACUGCGAGCGCGCGACACCGACGUCCUCCGUGAAAAACAACGGCAGCACGACCACUUGUCAGGGAUGAGAUGCUGUAGCCUGACAUUGUUUGCUGGUGGCUCUCAAUAAUAUCUGGAGGAUGGACUGUCGGGGAGCCGUGCCUGCGAUAUGCGCCGCUUGUCUCAUUGGCGUAGUGCUGAGCCAGACCACACUUACGCCUGCUGUGAUGAACACCACUCUCAUCGAGGAUGUGACCAGUCUGACUCCAACUCCCGUGAUUCUCAGCAGCACAACCACAGGCUGCUUCGCCUUCAACACUUCUACUUGUGAGCCCUGUGCACCAGGAUCGCAGUACGACAACAGCACCUUGCUGUGUGCGUGCUGCUCCGACCCCGGGCUGUGUCUAUUUCCUGGAGCCUGCCUGCCAUGCGCCAGAGGUUUCUAUCAGCCACUAGCUGGACAGCAGCAGUGUCUGCCCUGCAACCGUGGCUCCUACACAAAUUUCACUGGAAGUCCAUUAUGUCAACCCUGCCCUCCUGGAUCUUUCAACAAUAACACUGGCAGAGACAGUUGCACAAGUUGUUCACCAGGUUCCUUUUCAUCGCAGCAGAGCUCCACCUCAUGCACACCGUGUGCACUGGGAAGCUUUUGCAACUCCUCUGGUUGUCCUCAGUGCCAGAUGUGUCCUGGAGGGACAGAAGCUCUACAAACCGCUGCUAAAGACUGCACACCGUGCCGGCCAGGCAUGCACAAGGCCCCCCAUCAGACUAUGUGUCAAAUCUGCAGCAGUGGCUUCUUCCAGAUCCACUGGGGCCAGGAAAGCUGUGAUGUAUGCCCCGAGAACCACUACUGCCCUAGUCCAGAUGUGAACCCCAUUCAGUGUCCCAGCGAUGCAUUUUGUCCAAAGGGCAGUCUGGCUCCAGGCUACUGCAUGGAGACAUUCUUCCGCAAAGCAGGGGACACUUGUGAACUGGCUCCUGUCACUAUUGCUCUUUUAGUUAUUGGAGGAGGAGUGGCCUUACUCUUCAUCAUUUUACUGGUACUACGUCGACGGAGGGACGUUGAUGGAGAGCUGAAUGCAGCCCGAGCUCCGUUAUUACGCAAGGAGCGACCUCAGGGACGAUACUAUGGGAUGCCCUGUGAUGCUGAACCUGUGUAUGCUGGCUGGUGAACCAAAAGAACUCACCUUAGCUCUAUAGUCUCCAUAUGGGUCCCAACUAAAGACAAAUGAACUGAUAGAAGAAGACUGAUGAUGAAAUCCUGGACUGGUGUCUUGGAAGUACUUCGACAAUCCACCAGCUUAGCCUUUGUGGUGCAUUUGAAUAUAUUAUUGAGAAAUAGAAGUCGACUCUUUUGUGGAUUCUUGUAGUUUGACACUGUUACAGUUGUUCCUCUCAGAGAUGAACACUCUAGAUUAUCAGAUUAUGAGAAGUAUGCUGGAACAGUGAUAACGAGCAGUGUGCCUUGACUGGGUGGGAACCUCUCUCGCACUUUUUUUUACAGAGGUAAUUGAUUUACUUUGCAUUUGUGUGUUGGUAGGCCCGUGUGUGCCUCCAUUAGUUCGUGUAGUUCUGCAAUUAAAGAGAGGUGCAAACUGUUGCUGAUGCCUUGUGUUUUUUAAUGCACAUUGUGCUGUCUGCAGUUUCAUUUAUACCUUUGCUUAAUGUUUUUCAUCUGCUUUUUUAAGGUUAUAUUUGUAUGUUUUAAAGGAAAAUAAAUAAAAUGAUUAACUGGA